CUAUUAUCCAAAUUCCAAAGUUCCUCUUUUUUUCACCUCCCAACCCACAUGCUCUCUCUCUCUCUCAAGAAGCUUUAAUAAUAGUGUGUUAACCUCAACUUGUUGGUGAAAAAUUUCAUAGAAUAGUUGAAACAGAGUUGCUCUGUUCUGUGAACUAGAAGAUCAAGAAGAAGAACAAGAAGGUGGUAUUAUUGCAGUGUUAAUUGUGAUUGAUAUCAAAGGUGAACACUGAAGAGUGAAGAGAAUCAUAAUUAUUAUGGUAAGAGAAGAAGGGUAAAACUGGAAAAGGUGAAAAAAGAGCAAAGGAACAGUGAUGGUAAUGGUACUCGGAACAGAGGAGCAUGUUGUUGAGAAUGGUUGGAGUCCAAUAGGGGCCCCACUAAAUGUACAAAGAGAUGAUCAUCAACAACAACCACAACAACAACAUUGGAGUAACAACAACAGCAACAACUUUGAUAGUUCUGUUAAUGCUGUCUCCUUUGGUUUUGUUGCUACUGCUGUUCUUAUUUCAAUGUUCUUACUCAUGGCCAUUUUUGAAAGGUUUCUUGCACCUUCUUCACAAGCUUUGUUUCCUAAUCUUCGCCGGAACCGUCGUGCCGUUGAGUCUCCGAUCAGAAAACUUGGUCACCACCAAUCACCUAAAAUGAAUAUUUUUACUAGCUGGGUUUCGGUUUUAAUGCCUGGAGAUGAGAUUCCUACAUUCAUUGCUCACCCUGCGCCGAUACCGUGUUGUCCGGAACGAAUUUCAUGGCCUUCCCAUCAGCAUACAACAUUGUCUUGUUCCACUUCCAAUGUCCUGCCUAGUAAUAAUAAUAUCAACCAAGUAUGAAUGAGAGAAUUGAAUAUGACAAUGUUGUGCAAUAUCUAAUCAAUGAGUUGAUGGAUAUACUGUCUUUGAGGUUUAUCAUUCAUCAAAUUUUAUCCUAUGAGCUCUAUUUAUAGCUUAUAUCUUGAAUGUAUAUAUCUUGAAUGUAUUGUGAUCUUCUAGUAUGUAUGUAAGCUUUCUUCUAGUAUUUUGUCA